AUGCUAGGCAAAUAUUUUUUAGUCGACCUUAAUUCAAUCUCAUCUCUGAAGAAUGGACGGUCAAACUCAUGUUCUAGCACAAUGAGCUCAGGUGCACCUGGUAACGAUAGUUUCGCGAGUCAUGGCCAAUCCAAAGAUCAUACUCGAAGCCACAGCAAUAGCGAUAGGGAAAGCUAUGGGUCGGAGUUGUCCAAUAGCACUACUCCGGGGGCCACAGAAAACACUUAUUCACAAUCCAGAAGACGAGUCACUAGACGAAAACAUAGGAAUUCGAGGCUGGGGUGCAGCGAAUGCAAAAGACGACGCAUCAAGUGUGAUGAAACGUUGCCAGAAUGCCGCAACUGCGUAGGACGGCAGAAGAAGGGUGGUCAUGGGAACAAGCAAUGCUCUUAUUUGAGUCUGAAUGAAGAUGACAUUGAGAGCUUCAACAUCCAGAAGGAGCAGAACAGACUCUCAGAAAUGGAAUCCAUGAGUAGGACCAAUUCGGAAAGGUCUUUGACGGAAGAUGAGCCGUCAGAGAUCGUGAUGAUCGCGCACGACCGCGUGGAGCUACCGGAGUCCGUAUGGACUUCAGUUGCCGGUAUGGAAAGCUUGCGAGUUCCUAAAGUGCUUUAUUUGCAGCUGUUGCUGAACGCCAACCAAGACUGGAACCUGUCCUCAAAAGCUUUCGUAGCGUUAGCGAUCUACGGAACAAUCAACUCAGUAUCUCGAAAGAUCAAAAUCUCACGAAAGCGAAGUCGAGUGAGCACAGCUCAAUCACUGCUAUGCGAGCGCUCCGCUUUGCAAACUAUAGCGGUAAGAUAUAAAGGAGAGCUUCUGUCGUUUGUACGUCAGAUCAUAUCUAUGUUCUUGACCUCUGAGUCCGCGGCCAGCAACGAAUUCAUAGGCACCCGUCUUUUAAUCAGUAACGCAGCUUUGCAGUUCAUCCAGAUGUACAACAACCUGCAAUAUGAUGACAGUCACUACAUUGCCAUGGUAGAUAUGUGCAUGGAAAUAUAUCGAAAAAAUCGACCUGAAAACGUUGUGCGAGCUGUGCAAUUUUAUUGGAGCUGUAUGCCCCUCUACUUAUCCCUUUUGUACCACCCAGCCUAUUCCACAGAUCUAUUGUACGAAAUUUUGGAGGUAUUGAAAGAUUUCGAGCCCUUCAUAUCAGCUUCCGGUGACGAUCAUCUUGAGCUUCACUACGGAGAGCUUGUUGAUUAUGUGGAGUAUUUGGUAGGUCUUUUGCCUCUUGCUUCGGGGGUGAUGCCACUCCCGAUUGAUACGUUGUACGACAUAUAUCGACGGUGGAUAUUGAACGUACCUCCGGAAGCGUUUUGCAUAACAGGUUCAAUGUCUGGUGUUCAACGAGUCUUCUACACAUUUUAUCACUCAAUUCCUGCGUAUCUGAAUAACUUGUUUCCAGCUGGGUGUUACUUGCUCUCGCGUCCCUUUUAUGGACCAACAAGUUUCUAUCCCUUUACGCUAAAUGCGAUUUUUGAGAACCUUGAAAAUGAGCUUGGGCCUAUGGCAGAGUUCUCGAUACGCCUCCUGUCAUUCAUGGAAAGGCGACGCUAUAUGUUAUACAAUUUUUUCAGCGUCGAAGAUCCACUACGAGAAACGAUCUCUAAAAACAGAUUCGAAAGCCGGAGAGUACGAAAUUUGAAAGAGAAGUUCAUCGUUUCCCUGAGGAAUGAGCUCAUAUCGUGGGAUAAUUAUCCUGAUAUAGUUCCAUUCUAUGAAGAUGAACAAGAAACUGCCAAUGGUGAAGUUUUUCUCGCUGUUGCAAGAGAGCACGCGAUUCCCCAAUUAGAAAUGUGGAGGGGUAUAAAGUCAACUUUUAAUCAAGACAUUGAGGAGCCCAAGGAUUUAUCAGACGUAACAUUGAUAGACAGCAUACUCACGGGGAUGAAAAGUGAUGAUCCUUUUGCAUCGGUAGGCCGUAAAACGCCGCUGCCUAUGGUCAGUGUUGAAUAUUCUAACGACAAGGGAUACCACUUAACCGAUCGCGGUAUGUUCGACAACGACUGUGACCUCAGUUUGUUUUUCGAACAAAAACCUCCUGCAUUCCUAUCCGUUUUCCCAACAAUGGAAGAAGUUCAAAAAUACAAAACUGACAGAAAUAUAUUAAUGCGCGACUUGAAUAACAACUUGAUAUUUUAA